AUGCUUGAUAAUUAUACACACAACCCAAUAAAGAGCCUUGGAACGCAGUCAAGAGUUCCAGAGCAUGUCCCACGGCACUACUCACUCGAUAUCACCGGUCCAGCUGGUCAAAUUUCGAGCGAAAUUGAGAAACUCAGCAGAGUCGCAUACACUGUGCUUCUGAUGAAGUAUCUUGACACGCAGGAUAUCCUAUUGGGUGAGACUUCCGUGGAUUACAUCGGCGAUCCUGAAGCCACGCUGAUUCAGCCAAUCCGCGUGCAGCUGGAAGGAGGGGAAUUAUUGAGCCAAAUAUCCCAGAAUAUCGAUCAGCAGCUAUCUGCAAACAUUCCGCUAUCAAACGACGACGCUAGACUUGAACUGGGUGUAAAGGACCACGAAACACCUCUACAGGCACUGUUUGUAUGGGGAGUUGAUUUAGUUACGUGCAGGCAGCAUAACAGCCUGCUAAUGGGUGGAUACCUGUCUCACAAUGGCUACACUUUGUCUGUCUAUAGCGACGGCAGUCUGAUAUCAUCCACCUCGCUCGGCGUUCUCCUCAAUCAAGUCAAGGUGGUGCUGGAGAGGCUGCUGCAGCACCAUGAGAACCUUUCAAAUGUCCAUAUUGGGGAGGUGCUCAAGCCAUUCCCUAAAAACCUCGCCUCACACGCUCAAAAGACACUGGACAUGUCUCACCAACGCUUAGUAGUCGAUUGGUUGUUCGAUAACGCAGCAAGCAGGCCUGAAAAGAUCGCCCAUGAAUGCUACACCGACCUGGACUCGCCACCUUCUCUACUCAGUUGGAAUGACUUUAACAGGCGCUCAAACCAACUUGCUAGGUGGCUUGUAGAGCACAAACGGGUGCAGCUCGAGGACAGAGUGGGUCUGUCGCUCCCGCGCUGCCCCGAGUUCUAUAUAGCUAUGGCUGCUAUUCUCAAGGCAGGUGGCUGCUACACGAGUAUAGACCCAGAGCUACCCGAAGAGCGGAAGAAGUACAUUGCAAAAGACAGCGCGUCCAAGGUGGUAUUCACAACUAGCGAAAAUCAGCACAUAUUCCCUCUUAUAGCUGUAGACACGCACGACGCGUCGCUGUGGAGGCUAGUCCACACACUCAGCCCCUCCAAUUUCAACUGCGCACAAGCUGACAGCCUGGCUUACCUUCUCUACACGAGCGGGACGACGGGGAAUCCGAAAGGAUGUCUCAUCGAGCACAGAGCGCUGUAUUGGGCGAUGAUAACUUUCGGUGACUACCCCAUACCGAUCAGCAACCCAGACAGCGAUAAGCGGCUGGCAAUGGCUUCCUUGGCGUUCGACGUGCAUAUUUCUGAAAUCACCCAAAGCUGGCAUGAAAAACUAGCAUUGGUGACGGUCCCGCGGGCUCAGCUACUGGGCGAUCUAAGGGAGUACAUUGUGCGGAUGCACAUAACGCAUCUGGGGAUGGUGCCGUCGAUGAUCGAGGCGCUGCUCGAGACGCCCGAUGGUCUCCCCCUCAAGUAUCUCAUUUCUGGUGGUGAGAAGAUAACGCAAAAUCUGCUCGAAAAGUGGGCUAACCAACCCAACCUCGUCCUCGCGAAUUUCUACGGCCCGACUGAGCUGACUAUUGGGAUAUCAGCGCGCAAGGUGAUGGCGCACGAUACAAAGGAGAAUGUCGGCAAAGUGUUUCCCUCUUGUGACGCAUUCGUGGUCGACAGGGAUAUGAACAUUGUCCCAUUAGGUACACCAGGCGAGCUUGUCGUGGAAGGCGUACUGGCAGCGCGCGGAUAUCUCAACCUGGACCACCUCACCGCCAAGUCCUUUGUCAGGUACCCCACGCCUCAGAGCUGGGCAUACAGGACGGGCGACUUGGUGCGUAUGACGCCCGAUCACUCGAUCGAGAUCAUGGGCAGGAUCGACUCGCAAGUCAAGUACCGUGGUGUGCGCUUAGAGACAGAGGGCGUGUCGAACAUACUCCGCUUGGCAUCUUCAUCCGUGGAGCUCCUGGCGACGACGCUCAUCACACAGCACGCUUCUCUCAGUCAGCAAGUGCUCGUCAGUUUCGUCGCGCCGUCUCAUUCUGGCGUCGGGGUGGUAGACAGGCGCACUACAGCGCCGACUAUCAAAUAUGACAGCGGCGCACUAGUAAACACUCUCAAGAUGGCUGUCGAUCGAGAGCUGCCUGUUUAUAUGCGCCCUGCUUACAUUAUACCGACAAAUUUCAUCCCGCUCACCCUCAACGGGAAAUCGGACAACAAAGUCCUAGCCCAGCUUUUCAAGACAACGCCAAUGCAGUCCCUACUAAAGUCACAGAGGGCGUGA